CUUGAUAAACACUUGAUGUGAUUUCGGGGAGCCUCGUCGUCAUCGGGAAAAACGCAAACUCGUGCUGAACUAGGAGCGGAGAUAUCAGUAAGCUCCCCUGCUGACAUAGAAACCUGCCGAGGGUCUUUACCAAAGGUGAUGCAGGUGUGUGAAGGAGGAUGGACAGCAAAUGGGUCCCCACUGAAGACCAGGAAUGUGACAAUGUCCCUGACGUGAAAGAGGACUACAAAGAUGAAGGAAGUUUACCUACAAACCCUGCGAAGGCUCUUGGUGCAGAAAAUGCUUCUGCUGUCAUACAGCACGGGAGAUCAUGCUCACCGGUCCCCAGUUGCUUGUCCAUGAAGAGCAACUGCUCCAUGGAGCUCCCACUUACACUAAAGCAGGCAGAUAACACACUUCAGCAAUGGGGCUUUGAACAGACAACAAGCUCAUAUCCUCCUGGUUGCUUGUCCAUAAGGAGUCACCAAUCAAUGGAUCCACCCUUCAAAUUUAAAGACGGAGCAACUGCUGAACUAAUCAGAAUGCAGGACAGCCCAUACAGUCCCAUCUGCCUGUCCAUGAAGAGUAACAGUUCCAUGGAGCUCCCAGUUACACUAAAGCAAGCAGAUAACACACUUCAGCAAAGGGGCUUUGAACAGACAACAAGCUCAUAUCCUCCAGGUUGCUUGUCCAUAAGGAGUCACCAGUCAAUGGAUCCACCCUUUAAAUUUAAAGACGGAGCACCUGCUGAACAAAUAAUAAAGGAUCGCUCAUAUGGUCCCAGCUGCCUGUUAAUGAAGAGUGAACAUUCCAUGGAUCCAUCAGCCUCCUUUAAAGAGGAGAUCUUUGUUCAUGAAAGACAAUCUGACCAGAGUGAAAAGUUGUGUCCUUCUGCCACAUUAAGGAGCUUUGAAGAGAGGUUCAUGAGCUUGAUGGAACGGGAGAUGAAGAAAAUCAGCCAGAUUCUCAGCCCAGGUUACGGUGCAUCUGUGGAAAAUUCAGAAGAAGAUCAGGACAGCAAUAAUGUUAGAGAAGCAUCUCUGAAGAUCGCCCUUCACAUUUUAAGAGACAUGAAAGAAAAAGACCUGGUUGAAAAGCUGAUCAAAUUUGAAGAUGUACAUAAGCUUCAGAAAAAACUCCAAUCCAGCCUGAAGCACAAGAGCCAGCAUGUGUUUGAAGGAAUCGCUAAGCAAGGAAACCCGGCCCUUCUCAACAAGAUUUACACUGAGCUCUACAUCACAGAGGGAGGAUGUGGGACCCCCAAUGAUGAACAUGAAGUGAGACAGAUUGAGUCAUUGAACAGAGUUCCAACAGCACAAGAAACGGCGAUCAAAUGCAACGAAAUCUUUAAGCCUUUACCAGGGCAAGACAAAUGCAUCAGGACUGUCCUGACCAACGGUGUAGCUGGCAUCGGUAAAACAUUCUCGGUCCAGAAAUUUAUCCUGGACUGGGCUGAAGGAAAAGCCAACCAAGAUGUACAUUUCUUGUUUCCGUUGCCUUUUAGGGAGCUAAAUCUCAUGAGAGAGGAGAAGCACACCUUGGAGGGUCUUCUUCACUGCUUUUUCAAGGAUAUUAAGAACUUCCCCCUCUCAGAACUCCAAAAUUACAAGGUGAUUUUCAUCUUUGAUGGCCUGGACGAAUGUCGAUUUCCUCUAGACUUUAGAAACGACGAAAGAUGUUCGGAUAUAACCAAACCAACAUCUCUGGAGAUAAUUCUGACAAACCUUAUAGCAGGGAACCUGCUUCCAUGCUCUCUGAUUUGGAUCACUUCCCGACCAGCAGCCGCUAACCAGCUACCUGCUCACUACAUUGACCAGGUAACAGAGGUGAGAGGAUUCAAUGACCUCCAGAAAGAGGAGUACUUCCAUAAGAGAAUCAGUGACCCAAGUCUGGCCAACAAAAUAAUCCAUCAUGUAAAGUCCUCCAGAAGCCUUCAUAUCAUGUGCCAUAUUCCUGUCUUCUGCUGGAUCUCUGCUACAGUGCUCGAGAGGCGGUUGUGUGAAUCAGACAAUCAUCACAUUCCCAAAUCACUAACUGAAAUGUACACCCAUUUCUUGAUCUUCCAGACAGUACAGAGACAUGAGAAAUAUACAAGAGGUAAAGACCUGCAGCCUUGCUUGACCAUGAAAAACCUUCUUUCGUUUGGAAAGCUAGCGUUCCAGCAACUUUAUAAGGGUGACUUGAUCUUCUAUGAAGAAGACCUGCAGGAAUGUGGCAUUGACGUCAAAGAGGCAUCUGUUUAUUCUGGAGUUUGCACACAGAUCUUCAAAGAGGAAUUUGCACUAUUCCAGAAAAAGUUCUACAGCUUUGUGCAUUUGAGCUUUCAGGAAUAUCUUGCAGCUUUAUUUGUCCACCUCUGCUGGACUGGCAUCACUGAAUCUGACCAGGUUCAAGAUCAUAACCUGCAGAAACUUUGCCUUAAUUCAACCAUUUUUGAUUUGCACAAGAGUGCAGUGAAUUUGGCUUUGAAUUCAAAGCAAGGCCACUUCGACCUUUUCCUCCGGUUCCUCCUCGGGUUGUCUCUGGAAUCCAAUCAGGAGAUGUUGUGCAGUUUACUGCAGAAGAAAGUUAGCGCUGAUACCUGCCAGGAAACUGUGACCUACAUAAAGUUCAUGCUUGGGCAAUACAUUAGGCCUGAGAGCGCUAUUAACUUGUUCUACUGUCUGCAAGAGCUUAAUGAUCAUUCUCUAGUACAGGAAAUUCAAACCUACCUAAACACGAAGAGUCUUUCGGCAGAAGAACUCUCGCCAGCACUGUGGUCCGCUUUGGUGUUUGUGUUGCUGACCAAUGAGAACCUGGAGGUGUUUGAUCUAAGAAAAUACAUCAAGUCAGAUGACGGAUACAAGCGGUUAAAACCUGUAGCCAAGGCAUCCCGGACUGUCAUAUUGUCUUCAUGCAACCUUACAAAGAACAUCUGUCACUCACUGGCCAGCAUUCUUAUGUUGAAGACUUGUGCUAUAAGAGAGCUCGAUUUAAGUUACAAUCUCCUGCAGGACAAAGGAGUGGCGCAACUGAGCAAAGGAUUGUGGAAUUCAAACUGUCGGCUGAAGGUGCUGAAACUGGCAUUUUGCGGAUUGACAAAAACUGGGUGUUCUCAUAUAGCAUCUGCUCUACUUUCAAACCAUGGCCACCUGAGAGAGCUGGACCUGAGCUUCAAUCUUAUAGGAAGUGAAGCUCUUACUGAGCCCGUGGCUUUACUGCCCAACAGCAGGAUCGAAACACUGAGGCUUGCGCAUUGUAACAUCAAAAAGGAAUGGUGUGCUUUUCUAGCCUCGGCUGCAAGUACCACAUCGUUUCACCUUAAAUACUUGGAUCUGAGCGAGAACACCAUCGGAGACUUGGGUGCAAGAGUCUUCCCUGAAUUACUGAGCAAAACAAAUUGUAAACUUCAGUCCCUGAAGCUCUCAUCUUGCGGAUUCACAGAGCGAGGAUUCUUUGACAUUGCUUCGGCUCUGAAAUCAAACCCCACAUGCCUGAGAUGCCUGGAUCUAAGUAAGAAUUUCCCUGGCAAGACUGCGACGGAGAAGCUGUGUGCAGCUAUCAGACAGCCCUCCUGCACUCUUCAGACAUUAUGUUUGGACCAAUGUGACCUUGACUCAGAAAUAUGCCCCGCUCUGGUCAAAACGCUUCAGAACUCGAGUCUGAGAGAGCUGAGUCUGAGCCAUAACAAUCUCGGAGAUGCGGGUGUAACGAGAAUCUUCACUGGCCUACACAACAGACAAUGCACUCUAAAGAUCCUGAGGCUGGCUAAUUGUUCCCUGACCAACAACAUUUUUCAUUUCUUGGCCCCUGCGCUAAGCUUGAACACCGUCGGCCUGUCAGAGCUGGACCUGAGCAGUAACAACCUCAGCCAAGACAGAGCCAGUUUCCUGUGCUCAGUAUCGUACAUACAUUUUAUACUGUGAUAUAUAAUGUGAGAUAUGUCUUUUUUAAUCUCAGUUAUUUGAAUCAGUUCAUAGUUGUAUAGCAACCACACUAAAUUGAAUCAAUUAUCUGAUUCUCAAAACCUUCAUGAUCUGCUAUGUUAAAGUGCAAAAAAAAAUGGAAAGAACAUGGAGUUUAGGAUUGGAUUUUUUUCAUCCUAUGUAAAUAUUAUAUCAAUAUAUUAUAUAAGAAUUAUAUCUACAUAUCUAUACAUUAUAUCAGAGUUUCUGUACACUUUCGAUGAAGAAUUUUAUAAAGUUUACCUGAGGUAAGGGUUAAAAAGUGCACUUAAAAUUGUUAAAAUCCUUUAAAAGCUUU